CUGCAUCUCAGCAGUUGUGUUUAUUUCACCUCGGUUGUGAUCUCUCCAUUCCUUGCAGUAUGGCCUAUCUGGCAUCGAUCCACCGGCCCAGCAGCGUCCGGCACGCGCUAAAACUCAACUUUCUGAGCGCCGACGAGGAUACCCUUGUGGUGGCCAAGGCCAACCGCCUAGAGUUCUACGCUCAACAACAAGAUGGCCUCGUCCUACAGCACUCCAAAGCCAUCUACGGCAAGGUCAUCAUGCUGCAGGCAAUCCGUCAUGCCUCGUCACAAACCGACCAUCUAUUCGUCGGAACCGAUCGCUACAUGUAUUUUACCCUCUCUUGGGACCCCACGACAAAGCAGCUCAAGACCGAGAAGAGCUUCAAGGAUAUAUCGGAUAGAGCAGCAAGAGAAGCACAGCUUGGAGAACGAUGCAACAUUGACCCCACACGGAGGUACAUGACAAUCGAGAUCUACGAAGGCAUCGUGUCCGUCAUACCCAUCGCCCAGGAGACCAAACGCAAAUCAGCCCCCAACUCACGACCCGGCGACAUCGGUGAGCCCGCCUCCGUCAGAGUACCAGAGCUCAAUGUACGAUCGUCGACGUUCCUGCACAGAAGAAAAGAAAAGGACAAGCCACAGCUGGCCCUGCUCUUUGAGGAUUCGAUGGGCAAAGUCAGGCUAAAGGUCCGCGAACUGGACUAUACCCCUUCACUCAAGUCCAACGAGCCCGGAUCGGCCGAGCUCGAGAAUGAGCAGGAAGCAAGUGAUGAGCUCGAUCUGGGUGCUAGUCAUCUCAUACCUCUACCUGGGCCUGCUUAUGGUGUACUCAUCCUGGGAGAGACCACCAUAUCUUACUGCGAGGAGUUCGACCGCAGAAUCACAAAGAGCGAGCCUCUCAAGGAAGCGACCAUCUUCGUCGCAUGGACACAAAUAGACGAUCAGCGCUUUGUCCUCGCUGACGAAUACGGAAAGCUGUACCUGCUGAUGGUCACUUUGAACGCCAAACAAGAUCUUGAGGGCUGGAAACUAGAUGUCAUCGGCGAGACUUCACGUGCAUCGACGUUGGUGUACCUGGACGGAGGUCGUAUCUUCGUGGGUUCACACCAAGGAAAUUCUCAACUCAUCCAGAUCACUCCCGGCUCUAUCGAGAUUCUGCAAACAUUCGCCAACAUUGCUCCCAUCCUCGACUUCACGGUUAUGGAUAUGGGUAAUCGCUCUUCUGAUGCCCAGGUCAAUGAGUACUCUUCCGGUCAGGCGCGUAUUGUUACUGGCAGCGGCGCUUUCAAAGACGGUAGUUUACGCAGUGUCCGAAGCGGUGUUGGCCUCGAAGAUCUCGGGUCAAUCGGUGAGAUGGAGAACAUCACAGACGUGUUCAGUGUGAAGUCGACCUCGACACUCGAAUUCGUUGACACACUGGUGGUGUCCUUCAUUGCACACACCCGCAUCUUCAGCUUCUCUUCAGAUGGCGAUGUUGAGGAAGCUGACAACUUCAAGGGAAUGGACUUGUCACAAAGUACUUUGUUUGCUACUAAUCUCCCCAGUGGCAAGAUACUCCAGAUUACCAGCUCUGCAGUCCUCAUCACUGACCCUGAGAGCGGCAUGAAUUUGGCGAGCUGGUCGCCGUCAGAGGGUUCCUCAAUUGCAGCGGCUUCCACAGCAGGUAGUAAUAUCUUGGUUUCCGUCAGCGGCUCGGGCUUAACCAUGCUUGAUGUCUCCGGCGAUGACGUGAAAGUCACUGCUACGAGACAAUUUGAUGCUGGUUCGCAGGUUGCUUGUAUAUCCUUGUCGCCUACAUUGCGCAACACCUGCGUCGUCGGAUUCUGGCAAGACGCAAGUGUUUCGCUUCUCGAUGCUUCAUCUCUAAGGACUCUCCACUCCGAGACGAUUGAUGAAGAAAGCACAGCAGUUCCAAGAUCCUUACUCGUUGCUCCGAUUCUCGAGGGCUCUUUACCGACACUUUUCAUUGGCAUGGCAGACGGAAACGUCGUCACAUAUUCCAUCGAUCCCAGCACCAACGCUCUAUCGUCAAAGAAGAGCAUAAUUCUUGGUACACAACAGGCCAGCUUCAAAGCACUCCCAAAGGGCAAUGGACUGAACACCGUAUUUGCCAUUUGCGAGCACCCAAGUCUGAUCUAUGGAUCAGAGGGCCGUAUUGUGUAUUCUGCCAUCACAGCAGAAGACGCGACGUGCGUCUCGCCUUUUGACACCGAGGCUUUCCCUAAUGCCAUUGCAAUUGCUACUGCCAAUGAGCUCAAGCUCGCCAUUGUGGACGAGGAAAGAACGACUCAUGUACAGACUUUGCCUGUUAACGAGACCGUGCGCCGCAUUGCGUACUCUGCGGAUCUACGUGCUUUUGGCCUUGGUACCAUCAAGCGUACCAUCAGGGAAAGCUACGAACACAUAGAAAGUCACUUCAAGCUUGUUGAUGAGGUCGCGUUCCAGGAGUUGCACACGUUUGCUCUGAACCAGGAAGAACUAGUCGAGAGCUGUAUCCGUGCUAAGCUAGAUGACGGCUCGGGUGAUCUAGUGGAGCGCUUUAUCGUAGGCACAAGUUACAUCGAAGAGGACGUUGGAGAUGCACCUAGAGGUCGUAUCCUGGUAUUCGAGGUCACAGACGAGAGACGUCUCAAGCUUGUGACCCAGCACAAAGUCAAGGGAGCAUGCAGAUGUCUGGCAAUGUGCGAGGGCCGUAUUGUUGCAGCUCUCGUAAAGACCGUGGUCAUGUACAACUUCAAGUACGAGACGGCCAGUACACCAUACCUGGACAAGGUCGCUAGUUACCGCACAUCCACAGCACCCAUUGACGUAUCCGUGACUGGAGACAAGAUUACGAUUGCGGAUCUGAUGAAGAGUGUCUCAGUUGUGCAAUACAAGCAGGGCGCAAAUGGCCAGGACGACAGUUUAAGCGAAGUUGCCCGUCACUACGACACUACAUGGGGUACGGCAGUUGCCAACAUUGAAGCAAACACCUACGUCGAAAGUGACGCCGAGGGAAACCUGCUAGUGCUUAACCAAGACGUCAAUGGCUUUUCAGAGGAGGACAAGCGCCGCCUACGCGUCCUUUCCGACAUGCAACUCGGCGAGAUGGUCAAUCGCAUCCGCCGCAUCGAGGUCCAACCAACCCCCGGCGCUAUUGUCAUUCCUUGUGCCUUCCUCGCCACAGUCGAAGGCGCCAUAUACCUCUUCGCCACCAUCGCACCGCAACACCAAGACACACUUAUGCGCCUACAAGAGAACAUGGCAGAAAAGGUGCAAAGCCCUGGAAACGUGCCUUUCAAUCGCUACCGCGCAUAUAAGACAUCAGUGCGCGAGUCGGACGAGCCAAACAGAUUUGUAGAUGGCGAAUUAAUUGAGCGUUUCUUGGACUGCGAUGAGCAGUUGCAGGAAAGCAUCGUGCAAGGAUUGAGCGUGGGUGUUGAGGAGGUCAGAAGCAUUGUUGAAGCGCUGAGGAGGUUACAUUAGAGAUAUUCUCAUCAGUCUAUCAAUAUCAAGGGAGAAUGAAUUGAACGAUACAUGCAUGAC